AUGGAUGACAACAAACUCAAUGACUCCAACGUUAAAGUCGCUGUUCGUGUGCGACCAAUGAACAGGAGAGAAAAAGACCUCUCAACAAAAUGUGUGAUAGAAAUGGAAGGAAAUCAGACAAUAUUACAUCCUGCCAUUGCAAGUUUGAGCAAAGGAGAUCCCCGUAAUCAGCCAAAGGUUUUUGCUUAUGAUCACUGUUUCUGGUCCAUGGAUGAAACCCAGAAAGACAAGUUUGCAGGUCAAGAAGUAGUGUUUCAGUGCCUUGGGGAGAGUUUGCUGGACAAUGCCUUCAUGGGUUACAAUGCCUGCAUCUUUGCUUAUGGGCAAACAGGUUCAGGGAAGUCUUACACCAUGAUGGGCUCAGCAGAGCAGCCUGGUCUGAUCCCUCGCCUCUGCAGCUCCCUGUUUUCCAGGACCGUGAAGGAGGUUCGAGAGGGAGAGAGCUUCACUGUUGAAGUCUCCUACAUGGAGAUUUACAACGAGAAGGUUCGAGACUUGCUCGACCCUAAGGGAAUCCGGCAAGCCUUGCGGGUGAGGGAGCACAAUGUUUUGGGGCCUUAUGUUGAUGGGCUGUCACGCCUGGCUGUGGCUAGCUACAAGGACAUUGAAUCUCUGAUGUCAGAAGGAAACAAAUCUCGUACAGUGGCUGCCACAAACAUGAAUGAAGAGAGCAGCCGAUCUCAUGCUGUGUUUAACAUAAUCUUAACUCACACUCUCAUGGACCUAAAGUCAGGGACGAAAGGAGAGAAGGUGAGCAAGCUCAGUCUGGUGGACUUGGCAGGAAGUGAGCGUGCAGCUAAGACCGGGGCAGCUGGUGAGAGACUGAAAGAAGGCAGCAACAUCAACAAAUCUCUCAGCACGUUGGGCUUGGUUAUCUCGGCCUUGGCUGACCAAGGUGCAGGCAAGAACAAGAGCAAAUUUGUUCCCUACAGGGACUCAGUGCUGACCUGGCUGCUCAAGGACAGUUUGGGAGGUAACAGCCUGACAGCAAUGGUGGCCACCAUCAGCCCGGCAGCAGACAAUUAUGACGAGACUCUAUCCACCCUGCGUUACGCCGACCGGGCCAAAAGCAUUGUCAACCAUGCUGUGGUUAACGAAGAUCCCAAUGCCAGGAUUAUCAGAGAGCUGCGAGAGGAAGUAGAGAAACUGAGGGAGCAGCUCACAGAAGCCGAGUCAAUGAAGGCACCUGAGUUAAAGGAACGCCUGGAGGAGUCAGAGAAACUUAUCCAAGAGAUGACUGUGACUUGGGAGGAGAAACUCAGGAAGACCGAAUCUAUUGCACAGGAGCGUCAGAGGCAGCUGGAGAGUUUGGGUAUUUCCCUGCAGUCAUCUGGUAUCAGAGUAGUGGAUGAUAAGUGCUUCCUGGUCAACUUGAACGCUGACCCUGCCCUCAAUGAGCUGCUUGUAUACUACCUAAAGGAGCACACACGUGUAGGCUCAUCUAAAACACAAGACAUCCAAUUGUGUGGGAUGGCGAUCCAAGCCGAACACUGCAUUAUUGAUAUCACACAAAACGACGGGGUAGUUCUCACACCUCACCGAAAUGCAAGGACAUGGGUGAAUGGAACUGCAGUCACCAGUCCAGUGCACCUUCAUCACGGGGACCGGAUCUUAUGGGGAAACAACCACUUCUUUAGGAUUAACCUACCCAAGCAUUUAGUCCAUACAGGAGAUGAGGAGGAAGAGGGCAGAGCUAAAAAGAAAUCCUGCAUAAAUACGAAUCAGUUGGAGGUCGACACGGAUGCAUCAAGCGAUGUUUCUAGUGAAGUAGGCUUCGAGUUUGCUCAGGCCGAAGUCAUGAUGAAAGGGAUGGCCAACAAUGACCCCUUGCAGUCAGUGUUACAGACCCUCGAGAGGCAGCACGAGGAGGAGAAACGUUGCGCCCUGGAGCGCCAGAGACAAAUGUACGAGCAAGAGCUGCAACAGCUUCGCCAGCGGCUCAACCCGGAGAGGUCUCCGAAUCUCCUUGACUUGUCAGGCUUACCAUCUAGUGCUUCCGCCACUGGAACAUCACCAGGCUCUCACAAACGUUUGCGACGCUGGAGCGAAGACAGAGAGGCUAUGAUUACUCGAAGUCUUCGACGUCUGAAAGAGCAGAUUGUUCGCGCCAACCUGUUGGCUCAGGAGGCCUGCUUCAUUGCAGAGGAACUCAACAAAAGGACCGAUUACCUGGUCACUUUGCAAAUACCAGCUGCUAAUCUGGAUGCCAAUAGGAAGCGCGACGUGGUGCUGAGCGAGCCAGCCAUUCAGGUUCGUCGUAAAGGAAGAGGUAAGCAGAUAUGGGCAAUGGAGAAGAUGGAGAACAGGCUGGUGGACAUGAGGGAUCUCUACCAAGAAUGGAAAGACUUUGAUGAAGACAACCCGGUGAUGCGGUCUUAUUUCAAACGGGCUGACCCAUUUUUUGAUGAGCAGGAGAACCACAGUCUGAUUGGGGUGGCCAAUGUUUUUCUGGCUUGUCUGUUUUAUGAUGUAAAACUACAAUACGCAGUUCCCAUCAUCAACCAGAAGGGAGAGGUGGCAGGACGGCUUCAUGUUGAGGUGUGGCGAGGAACAGAAAGCUCAGAGGAAGAAAGCCCACAACAAAGUAACUCAGAUGGAGAUGCACAGGAGCGUGAACUCAUCUGUGUGGUGAAAAUCCUCCAGGCGACCGGUCUUCCUCGUCAUCUGUCUAACUUCGUCUUCUGCCAGUAUCAUUUUUGUGGGCAGACAGAACCAAUAUUCAUCCCUCCAGAGAUGUCUCGGUCCCAGUCACCAUCUGCUUCCAAAGACCCACAGUGUACAGUUGUUUUUGACAGCUCCAAGGAGUUGUCUGUACCAGUGUCAGAGGAUUUUCUGGAGUAUUUGUCUGAGGGUGCGGUGGCUAUUGAAGUGUAUGGUCACAAACAGGACAAUCAUCGGAGAAACCUGGCACUGUGGGACCUUGGUGUAAUUCAGGCCAAAACCCGCUCGCUCAGAGAGAGGUGGAGCGAAGUGACUCGGCGGGUUGAGCUGUGGGUGCAGCUAAUGGAACUAAAUGACGCAGGGCAGUUCACACCCGUAGAAGUUCUUCCUGCUAAGGACGUACGCACUGGUGGAAUAUUUCAGCUCAGGCAGGGUCAGUCUCGUAGAAUCCAAGUGGAGUUGCGUUCUGUGCCAGACUCUGGCACAAUGCCACUCAUCUCCAUUUCCAUCCUCUCUGUGUCCAUUGGAGAUGUCAAGGUGCAAAAUACACCCAAAGGCAAUGACUCACACUUGGCUAAAGAUGAAGAAAUGGACAGCUACCAAGAAGUGGAUUUGGAGAGAAUGAGAGAACAGUGGUUGGCCACGCUCACUCAGAGACAGGAGUAUCUGGACCAGCAGUUGCAGAAAAUAGUCUCCAAAGCAGAUAAAUCAGAGGAUGAUUUGGAGAGGGAGUCCCAGCUGCUGGAGUGCCGUCUAACACUCACUGAAGAACGCAAUGCUGUUUUGGUGCCUUCAGCUGGCAGUGGGAUUCCUGGAGCACCAGUAGAAAGAGUACCUGUACCUGGAAUGGAAACGCACAUUCCCGUCCUAUUUCUGGAUCUCAGUGCUGAUGAUUUCCAGUCAAACCUCUCAGCCCCUCUAGCAGGCGGUGUGGAUGCAUAUCUUGGUGGGGAGUAUGAAGACGACUUCUUUGACCUUCACAUUGUGAAACACCACAAUUCAGAAGUGAAGGUUGAGGCAUCCUGGGACUCAACAGUACAUGAGUGUCCCGAGCUCAGCCGUGUGGCCACUAGUGAGCAGAGGGUCUAUUUGACCAUCCGUGUUGUGGUUGAGUUGAGCCACCCCGCCCACAUGCAGUUGGUCCUGAGGAAACGCAUCUGUGUUAAUGUCACUGGUAAAAAGGGUUUUGCCCAGAGUCUUCUGAAGAAGAUGUCCCAGCGAAGCACCAUCCCAGGAUGUGGCGUCACCUUUGAAAUUGUCUCAAACAUACCGGGAGAUUUCCACGGGCCAGAAGACCGAGAGAUGCUGGCCAGAUUGGCCGCCAGCACAGAUGAUGAUCAGUCAGGCAACAGUGAAGCAGCUAUAGAGAAAUACCUGCGCAGUGUACUUGCUGUGGAGAACAUCCUCACUCUCGACAGGCUGCGGCAGGAGGUAACUGUGAGGGAACAACUUGGCGUCAAAGGGAAAGCUCCCAAACGCUCCCUCAGCUCACCGAACAUCAACCGGCUCUCAGCCAGCAAUCUGGACGUAUUCGCUUCAGCUCAUAAACUUGGUGAUUUCAAGGGCUGGGAGAGUCACCAAGAUCUGUCUAUUGCUGCUCCUCCUCAGUCCAGGAGAACAUUACCCAGCUCUAUAUCGUACAGCCUGAACCCUGAAUCAGUGAAGGCCAUGCCACACCUCCUGAUGUUGCUGAUUUCUGGAGGCAAAGACGAUAGUGCAGACCAGGGGACUGUCCAUCAGCAGGAUGUGCCUCGUAUCAUGGUACAGUCAGCCAGUGUUGAAGAAGGAAUGAACACACACCAACAACCAGUUCCUAUUGAGGACAUCAGCCCUCUUGACGUUCAUCAGGAGGUCUCCAGAUCAGUGCCUCUCCCUCCACCAAUCAUCCCAGAGACCGAAGACUCCAACCAGAGCUCAAUGAGCGAGGCGUCAAGUGGUUACAUUUCAACGAGCGUCUCCACGGCGACGCUUUCAGAUGUCUACACCUUGAGCUGGGAUCUUCCUUUAUCAUCGGGCCACAAAGCCAAUGACUUUUCAGCUGCAAUAGAUGAAAAAGAAAUUCAAGAGAGACCAAAAAUGCCCUCGCAGUCUGAUAAAGCUUCCGGAUCAGAACCUCAGGAGUUUUUCCAGCCUGUUCCGGAGGACAUCUACCUUCCACCGUCCGAACCAAAUGACAGUCAGUCUGAUUCAAAUCAGAGUCACCAGGAACUGAACCCACCUCUUGUAGUACACAAAGUUGAAAACACUUCUCCGUGUGUAGAGUCCAACAUUCCGAUAAUCCCAGUGCAUUUAGAGCGUGAUUCAAUCGAACCAGAACAAUUAGACAGUACAACGCCUGAAGAUCCUGCUUCUGUCUCAACCUUAAUAUAUUCUGACUUGCCUCCAAACUCACAGAAUGAUUCUAAUCCACUAGUUCUUUCCCAGGAACAACCUCCUUUAAAGAACUCCAGUGGUUCUGCCAUCCCAGCUUCAUCUACUGAUGAAGUCUGCCGUGAAGCAGCGCUUGACGCUUCUGCUGAACCCAAUGUGUCAACUUUCAAAUCUCCUGCAGCAGCAGGCAACCCUUUCAAGAUCCAGAAAGUCCAGUCAUCAGACCUUAAGUCCUUCCAUCGUAUACUUGGUGAGACAGAGGACAAUCCUGGUCAGUCUGGAACUGGCAGCUCGUCAAAUUUGGAUCCCAAUUUCACGGAGCCCCUGGAGCUUAUCUUGGACUGUGAGGAAGGAGAGACAACUGCUGCUGUCAAGCUUCCUGACUGGAUGAAAGAAGGGGAAUUUGUCACUGUAGGGACCAAUAAAAGAGGCACCGUGCGCUACAUCGGACCCACGGACUUUGCGGAGGGCAUGUGGGUGGGAGUCGAACUUGACGUCCCUGCAGGUAAAAAUGAUGGCUCCGUUGGGGGGAAGCACUACUUCCACUGUAAUCCCGGUUACGGAGUCCUAGUUCGGCCGGACCGGGUGAGCCGCGGUGGCAAACGCCGUCGACAGCAGCAGAAACGCCGCAGCGCUAAUUUGUCAGGAUCCUCCUCGAACCUAGCUGCUCUAACGGCUCCAGCCAAAGGUGAUGGGUCUAGUGGAUCAUCAUCUACAAGUAAUGUAGAUGACCAUAAAAGUUCUUGA